AUGUUUUUCAUUUCAACACAGCUGCUAGGAAGAUUAACUAACCUGCUAUAUUGAUGGUUUGCAAUCACGUGUGACGUGUGAUGAUCAUCUACCAAAAUAAUCUCAUCUAGACAAAUUAUGCAGUCCAAAUUAAUUAAAUUCGCGGUGCUAACAAGAGAUAGGUAAAUAAGAUAAUACAGAUAAACUAAGUCAGUAACAACCAAUAAGAUACGUGCCGUCAACAGUGUACGCGAGAAACAUCUUGGCAUUGCUCCAGACUAAAAAAAAAAUCGUUCUGACUGCCACAGAGCACUUGAAUUAUCAGUGGAUCAGUGUCUCUUGCGUCCAGAGGAUCGGAAAUCGUCCCUGUUCAACAUAGGGCCUCUGCAACAUUCACAAUCCCAGUGCGAGAAUAAUCUACCAAAAUAAUCUUAUCUACCGAAAUAAAAGAUAAAUUACUAUGAUGCAGUUGAAUUAUUAAUUAAAUACCGAUUAAUCGCAGUGCUAACCAAAGAUAACAAAGAUAGUGUGAAGCCUCGAUAACACCUAUGGUGCAAAUAAAAAUCAGAACUGUCGUCAAAAGUGAACGGAAAACAAUUUGGCAUUUGUCCAGACUCACCAAGUGCAACUUCCUCAGUUCACGGAACAGUUUUUGACAGAACUCAGUCGAUCAGUGUCGUUCGGUCGAAUUUCUAAAGGUGCGUGUACACAUACAGCAUACAGGGCGGUGUGUGGCCAAUGUGAAAACAUGCGUAUUUUCUUCGGUUUGCUGAGACAGAGCAGCGAAAGGCAAGAUGCAGCGGGGCAGGCGGGUGAGAGCAGGAAAGUCGGUGAACGUCAGGGAUUGGGAGAAACAGGGGGAGGUGCUCAGGAAUUGGAACAAUGAACUGUGCAGUGGUGAAUCGUUGCCCGAGGUGGAGAUAAUCAGCCUCUUGGAGGAGCAGAUUCCUAGGUACCGGUUGAGGGCGGACACCCUCACCAAAUUCGGAGGUUACGAAAAUCAAGAUUGGUUUAUCCCGUCUCCGGCCCUUGAAGUUGACGAGGCAGACCUAAAAUUAUCACCGGAUCAAAUCCGAGAAACGUUGAACUAUUUUCUUCUAUGUAGCAAUCGCGUGAGCCAAAUGACCAAGACCUACGAUGACAUAGAAGCAGUCACUAGGCUUCUGGAAGAGAAAGAAAAAGACUUGGAACUGACGGCGAGAAUCGGCAAGGAGCUGUUGUUCAACAACAACAAGCUCGAGAACACCGUCGCCUCAUUGGAAACUGACCUCAAGGCCGCCCACGAGAAGAUCGUCCAGUUCAGCCAUGAGAUCCAGAAGAAGACGGAGCUCAUCCAGAUCCUCACCAACGACAUGGACGAGUCGGCGUUCGAGGCGGGCUCUUCCGGCCGCAUAAAUCUGGAAUUGGUCAACAAACGGAUAUCAUCAUUGGAGGAUGAGAACAAGGCGCUCAAGACUGAAUACUGUCGAUUAGCCUCAUGCGCCGAUGACAUAGAAGCUCAAGAACAGAGACUAUUGAAAGAUUUGACGGGACAAUUGACUUGCGCUAAUUCAAGUAUGGGGUAUUUGGAGGAUGAAAUCGAUAGGGUGAAAGAGGAGAACAGGAGUCAGCAUGAACAAAUUUUGGCGCUACAAGGGCAGUUACAGGAUACAGAAGAAAAGCUGACAAAGUUGCUGUCCGAAAACGACGAGCUAAGCGGCCUGCUCCAAAUAACGAAAGACAACCAAGGUUGUCUGGCGGUGGAGCUGUCCGAAUUCAAAGCCAGGUACUACGAAGUGGAGGCGCUGCUGCGCGAUGCGCAAGACCAACUGCGCAAACUCCGGAAGAGAUCCAUGCCGGGCGCCCGGAUCUCCAUGUUCUCAUCGCUGGGACAGGCCGGAUCCGGACCGUACGACAGUUUGCAGAGCGAAAUGGAGAUGUCGAUGAAUUCGGAGUUCAGUUCUGAUUCGGGGAUAUCCAAUCCCGAUAUAGUGCCGCAAUUCAAGAAAGUCUUCGACACGGUCCGCUGCGCCUCGCAGAACUCACUAAGCAGCAGCGACAGCCUGGGCAGCCUGCAUUCCGGCAUGGGCGGCUACUCGGGCAUGGGCGGCUACUCAGGCAUGGGCGGCUACUCAGGCAUGGGCGGCUACUCAGGCAUGGGCGGGUACGCAAGCGCGGGUGGGGGCGGUCCGCGCAUGAGUGCGCGUGCGCAGAGUGGCGGCGAGAUGCGCCGGUCGUCGGGCAGCGUCUACAGCGGCAGCUCGCUGGGGUAUCCCAGCAUAGAUUCGACGGGGUAUUCGGACACGGAUUCCAGUCAUACGGACUCGGAGGAGGGAUAUCCUGGUGCCCCAUCGAAAGGUGUGCCAGGAGUUCCCGGCGCUACUGAACUAGAGGCUGCUCUAAAGAGACUGACGCCCGGAGAAAUUUUAGCAAGAAGGGCAAAUUUACAGCAUGGUCCCACAUUCGGAGGAUACGAGGGCGAGUCGUACGUGCCGUUCGGCUGCCGCACACCCGACAGCCUGAUGUCGACCGGCUCGGGCAGCUACAGAGGUUGGAAGCUGCCCGAGAAGCUGCAGAUCGUGAAGCCGAUGGAGGGGUCGCACACGCUGCACCAGUGGUCCAGGUUGGCGCAGCCGACGUUCGGCGGGAUACUCGAGGAGAGGCCGGGCGUCAAGAUCAGGGUGGGCAAGGACUUGGAGGAGCUCGGCCUCGAAGCGUACGCCCUCAGCGACCUCGAAGAGGACGAGGAGUACACAAAUCCGGGCAAGGUGUUCGAAGCGUCGGCGCACACGUACACCUACACCACCAGCACGAUCAUGCAUCCGGACGACGGCACAUCGGUGACGGGCAGUCAGAUGGGCAGCCGGAUGACGUCGGUGUGUUCGAGCGCGCAGGCGUCGCCGCCCGCGACGCCGAGAGCGUCGAGCCGGAGGAAUUCGUGCAGUACGUUCUCGACGACGUUCGGGUUGGCCAAGAUGCUCAACGAGAGAGGCAUAAAAGCGGUGACGCCCUCUUGCGUGCCCACGCCCUGCGGCCCGGCCAGCUUCACGCCCACCGCCACGCCCCACAACAGUCCCGACGGCACGCCUGCGCAUUCGCGCUCCGCCUCCCCCGAGCCGUACGAGCAGUUCAGUCUGCCGCAGCUGAUUUUCGGCUCGGUGCCGCACUUUUUGCGCGACACCAUCGGAGUGGGCGGGGCGAAGAAGAAGGAGAAGAAGCAGCAGGCCACGCCCCCAGGGACGGCGAAGAGGACGGGCGAGGACAGGCAAGAGAGCCUCGUGGGCAGAAUCGAGCGAAUCGGCAUAAGCAACCUGAUAGCCAAUCCGGGCGCCGCCCUGUAUACGAGAUCGGCGCUCACUAGUCCCAUGGCGCAACUCACUUGCCUCUUGCCCAGUCACAGCAGCGAGAACAUCUCGAACAGCAACCAGAAGUUCGUGUCCCCAGCUGCAUCAGCUAGCACAACUACGAAACUCAAGGCCAGCAUGGGUGUCCCCGGCAAACCGGGCAGCGGCUCUCUCAGCCGCAGACUCGACCAGCUCAAUUCCAGGAAGCAGAGGAGACAGCAACAGGGCGGCGGCGUAACUAGGCCCGAUUUGGGAACGGUUUCGAUGAAAACAGCUCCCGAACAACCGGAACAAGCCGCUUCCACACUGGGAACUCUGAGUUCGCUCUUGUUCGGCAGAAAAGGCGGUCUGUUCUAGGUAAAUCCGUCAUGAAUUCAGAUGUCAAGUCGUUUCAAUGACUCUCCACUUGAAGCAAAUUUCCUAGCGAUGAACUGCCACUUGUCAGUAACACUCACAGAGUUAUUUUCAUUGUGAUAAUUUUGUCUCUUCAGGAAAUCAGUAGAUUAUAUUACUGACCGUUGUUUUCGGAGUAUACGAGAAAAGAUGUAACAACAGGGCAGCGGCGUGACUAAGCCCGAUUUAGAAAGGGUCUCGAAUUAAAACAGACCUCGAACAACGGGAAAAAACUGCUUCCACCAUGGGAACGUUGAGUUCGUUCUUGUUCGGCAGAUAAGGUUCUAGAUAAAUCCGCCAGAAGUUCAGUUGUCAAGUAGUUUCACUAAUUCUCUCCACCCGAAUUCUAUUUCCUAGAGGUGAACUGCCACUUGUCAGUAACACUCACAGAGUCAUUUUCAUUGUGAUCAUUUUGUCUCUUUGGGAAAUCAAUAGAUUCAGUACUGACCGUUGCUUUCGGAGUAUACGAGAAAAGAUGUAACAACAGGGCGGCGGCGUGACUAAGUCAGAUUUAGGAACGGUCUCGAUAAAAAUACUGACCAACAAAAACCGCUUCCAGGUGGGGAACGUUGAAUUCGCUCUUGUUCGGCAGAAAGGGAGGUGUGUUCUAGGUAAAUCCGUUGAUGUAAGACAUAGGAAACCCCUCACAAAUAAAAUGAAAUAUCCCAUAGUGACGUCCAGAACAAUGACAUCAGCGCUACCAUGCGUUUUGGAAACCGAACUAAUUCGACCACUGACAGACGUGCCGGCAAUUUCAAAAUGUAAUUGGUUAUAGGCUUUUUAUUAUAAAGAAAGAAGGACUGUGUAUAAUGGAACUUCAUCAGCAUAUUGCCUUGUAUUCUUCCUGAGAUUUUACCUGAAAUCUUUGAAGUCCAGUAACAUAUUUCCAUAUAUCAAAGCAAUUUAACCUCGAAUUUCACUUAGCAACAUAUUUCACUACCACCACUUGGAGUCCAAUAAAUGUCACUUCUUAAGUUAAUUAAAUCAAAGGAUAUAUAUUGUAUAACAUUCCUUCCCUAACUAUAUUUGGGAUAUGAUUGAAUAUUGAUGAUGCAUUUCUGAAACUGUUCCCACCAUUUUACUAAAAAAUAAAAAAUAUCAACUACAUCACAUAAACAAUAACAACAGCAGUAAUGGCUGCACAAAAAUAAUGGCAGCUGACAUGAAAUCUCGACAUCAUCCAUCUAAUAGCCACCUAUCGGAUUCGAAGCUUCACUAUUUCAGUCGGCCAUGACAGUUUCUGUACGGAACAUAUGAGAUUUCAUUCUAUUUGAGGGGGGUUUUCUAUGAUGUAAAGGAAUGAAUUCCACUGUCAGUAGUUUUACGGACACUCUUCAAAAUAGUCUUGAUGUGGAAGUUGAAGCAAAUUUUCUAGAGGUGAACUGCCACUUGUCAGCAACACUCACAGAUGAAAUUCAUUAUGAAUAUUUUGUUUCCUCAGAAAAUCUGUAAGUACUGACAGUUGUUUCCAGAGUAUAGUUAAAGCUAUUAAAGUAGGGCGGAGGAGUGACUAGGGUCAACCUAGGAACAGAUCUAUAGAAACAGACGGGUUUCAAGUACCUAUAUCGUAUUAUGAAUUCGACUGUCAGAUUUGUGUGUCAGUAGUUUUACUGGUUCUGCUCCGAACUAGUAGGCCUACCUGAGGUGAAACUUGAAGCAAAUUUUCUAGCAUAUUAAUGCCACUUGUCAGCUAUACUUUCAAGAAAAAUUUGUCAAAACGAAGGAAAAUCAGUAAUUCAGUACUGAUGCAGCUAUACUUCGGAUUAUGAUCAAAGGUAUUUCAAUGGUGACAUUGAUAUCAUCGGCGCAACCACAAAAUAUUUGUCAAUCAGUAAAUGUGCGAGGUUUAUUAUUUCUUGGCGGGAAUGUUUGCGCACAAACGUCUUGCAAUUGAAUCAUCAAGUAUUUUAAUUUCCACCAUACAGUCUCUAUUCCAUUCCAAAACAAAUCUAUUCAGGAAACACAAAAUUAUCUCAACAAAGUGUCAUCUGAUCACGUCAUCAAUGCAAUUCACUUAAAGAAACGACUGAUAUAUUCUAGGACUUCUUCAAUCGACCUCAAAGUUCAAUCUGAUACGAAUUUUAAUCUGAAAGAUUUCAAAAUUAUAUUGGAUAUCAAAAUUUCAGUAGAUCUGACAUAUUUUAUCAUCUUUCCAUGUAACACUUUCUUAGAUCUUUUUAUCCCUGAAAGGUCUGUACAACAUCUCAGUACAUAUUCCUGAGGUCAGAAUAAGUCGAUUUGAAGCAACUUAGCUCAGCUCGAAAUUGUUCCGUUUCGGAGAUGCAGAGUGGUAAAGUUAAAAGAUUAAAAUCGAAUUUUUCAGAAUUUAUGGGCAUUUUGAAACGUAUCACUUCAAAAUUUGCUAUCCGGGGGUUUUUUGAAAUGCAAAACUCAAAUGCGGACAGGACUAGGCCGGGAAGUAUCACAUCGUUGUUGUCACUGUGAAUAUGAAAAUCUUGGUAGAUAUGGUUUUGAUAAAUGCAGAUGAUAAUUACCAUAGCAGCAAAAUAUCAGCUCACAGCUAUUCGACAUGAAAUUAGUUGAUUUUUGAAGGUUUGGUUGCAAUUAACGCAAUAAACUAUCGAAAGCAGCUGCGAUAGUGAGUUUGAAAAUGUCCAUACGAAAUUUCCAAUGUAAUUUCACUGUUGCCAAUAGAGGGCGCUUACGAAUGCACUUCUUAUAGUUUACAAUGGCCAUUACUUUUUUCUCAGUGUAGUUUCUCACUUUUUCCGGAAAUAAUGUUCCCCAACAUUUUCAAUCAAAAUAGAUACUUUUUGGAUGUAUGACAAAUUGAUAUUCAUCAUACAGGACGUGGAAAGAAAUUCUGAACGAGAAUGCAAAUUCUCAACUUGAGAAGAUUUUGUUUUCAAAUUCUUGUCGUGUGUGUUCAAUAGAUAUAAUUCAAUGUUCGUCGUGGCGAGUACCCAGGAAAGUAUUUGUUUUCUGUUGAAUAAACCGAGAAAGAAUUGAUAUUUUCAUCACAUAGAGAAAGCAAAUUCUCAAUGUAUUUCUUUAUUCAUAUAUAUAUAUUUAUCCACUUUUUUAUGUUCAUAAUUUAUCUGAGAAUAUUCCUUUCCAGAAAAGGUACUUUGGUGAAAAUCCGCUAAUGUAAGCCGAUCUUGGGAUAGUUCGUUUUUAGUGUUCGAUGCCGCACCAGAAUAUUUGAAUUAUUUUGAAUAAAAAAUGUUUUGCUGUUAUCUUCGUGGAUGUUAUUUUGUCAGUGAAUUAGCAGUACAAAAAUGGAUUUUUCACAAUACUUUUUCGGAGUGUACUUUUUUUAACCUUACCACCCUGUAUCCCGAAAACCUCGUAAUUUCGGAUUUAGGUAAGUUGCUCUAAAUCGACUCAUUUUCUCUUUUUGGAAAAGCAAACAGAUCACCUGGACGGAAAUACCGAAUAUAAUAAUAUAGAAUAAUGACUAUUAAACAUCAAAUUAUUAAAAGAAUCAGGUUCAUAGUAGUGAGGCUUCAGUUUCGAAAGCAUUUUGGAGUAAGAAGUAUGAAAGUUUGUUAUUGAAGAUACGGAAAAAGCACUCCCUCAUUGGUCAAAUCCAGUCAAUGAGCAUCAUCAGGUGCCGAUGGGCCUGUUUCAAUGUUGAUUAAUUUGAAGUAAUAAUCCAAACUAUAGUACAUUCCAGUUGAGAAUAGAAAGUAUUCGCGGGAAUCAAUGUUACCAGGUGGCGCUCGGUGUUCAUUGUUCCAUGUCAAAGCCACGUCAAAACUGGGGUAAAACAAACUCAAUCCUCACUCAAUGUACUCAAUCCCAUUAGUGCCAUUAGCUUGUGUAAUGUGUACUGAUAAGAGUGAUAAGUUUCCAAAUUUCUUGACAUUAAUUGUCAAUAUUCGAUCGAAAACGCUUAUGCUGCCUGUUGUAGAUGUUCUUUUGGCAGAUAUUUCGCUCUAUUUGGAUGGUAAAAGCCGACCAGUAGUGAAAGGAGAAGCAGUUCUCCGUGCUAAUCAUGUGAUUUUGAGGCAGAAGACUUCAACAAAAGGCACAUUUUUGCACUUUGUCUACAAACUUCGGCGAUGAAAUCUCCCCCUGUAGAACAAUGGAUUUGUAUUUGUUCAUGCAAAGCAGGACAAUCUGGGUAUUGUAAACAUGUUGUAGCAGUUCUUUUAUAUGUCAAUUGAUUUGCUCGUCAUAAUUAGUUUGAAUUGUUUGAACUAUCUCCAAUUGUUCACCCGUUCACUGUUCACUAAAGUAAUGAAAAUGUAAUAAUGUAAAAAAAUUAAACAUCUCAACCAUCAUCACUACCAACAGUGCCAACACUUUAUGCCAUUGACAAGUUUGACUACGGCUACAGCAAGCUGAAUGCAAUGUAGUCUAUGCACUUUAUCCAUAGACAACAGUUUGUUUUCCCCCAGUUUGAAGUUCGUAUUAUGUAACCUAGAUGUCGCCCACUUCGUGAAUCUCGCGAAUAGUGAGAUCUGGAAUCUGGAUGGUUUAAACUCGCUUUUCAUUAGUCUUAAACGCCAGACGAGUUUACACUAGCGAUUUCGUUAUUGAUGAUGAACAAUGGAAGUGUUUAGUUCACCGCCUAUUAUCAAUCUAAAAUAAAGAAAGUUUUGAUUAUUGUCGAUACCGGUUAACUAGCCACAAACCCCAAGAUUCUAUAGAUACCAUAAAUUCAAUUUCGGCAAUCAAUAUUGAUAGUGAGUUAUUCACUCAAAAUCUAAUGAUUUCAUUCAUUUUGUAAUCUGCAAAAUGAAUUAUCGAUGUCAGCUACACAAAUUAAUUGGUUCAUCACUAAACUCUGCAAUCAUUCUGAAAUAAUUGUAUUAGGCGGAUUUCCUGGUGUAAAGCGGGCUUUGAUAAUCCAUGUUCUACUGUAUUCUCAUCUGGAAUAUACUCAAUUUCGGCAAUCAAUAUUUAUGGUGAAUUAUUCACUCAAAAUCUAAUGAUUUCAUUUAUUUUGUAAUCUGCAAAAUGAAUUAUCGAUGUCAGCUACACAAACUAAUUGGUUCAUCACUAAACCCUGCAAUCAUUUUGAAAUAUUUUUAUUUGGCGGGAUUCCUAGUAUAAAGCGGGCUUUGAUAAUCCAUGUUCUACUGUAUUCUUAUCUGGAAUAUACUAUAAUUUACUGCUCACCGAGGCUCUGUACAUUUUCCAAAUUAUUGAAAUUCACGAUAUUUCGAUAGGUGCUUACACGUUACCCAGAAAGUUAGUGUUUUUGAGAGGUGAUUAUGUCCCUAAUCGUAAGAAAAUAAUGAAUAACUAGCAAAUACUAUCGAUACAUGGUGCAAUCAAUAUAAAAUAGAUGAAAAGGGGAAGCUUUCGUGACUGUUUGAUAGGUUAUAUUCUUGGAAAUAUUCGUGGGAAGCAGUCGAAUGUGACCAAUAUCGGUUAGAUUUAUUCGUGUCGUAAAUUUGAUUAAUGUGUACACACCCAUUUUUUAUACGAGGUGUUUUUGAAAUGAGUACAUAUAUUCAGCACAUCAAUACAAUACAGUCUGAGGAAUAUUCUCAUGAUAUCAGAUUUGUCUCUAAUUCUUUCCAUUAACGAAAAAUAAAAAAAUAAAAUUUAAGAAACUCUUUAAAAACUUCCCAUCAAUCAACACGAAAACUAUUUUUCGAGCUAUAGUUUGCCCCCUAACCUCUACUCAUUCCUGUACCUCGCGCUUUCUGAAGGCUAUUUUAUGCAGACACUCUGUGCCUGUAUUAUUUUAUAAUAACCCUGAUAAUGAAAGAUCUAUCAUGUCUCAAAACGUAUGGAAGUCAAAAAUUCCUUAGGAUAUUCUAUUUUUGUUCAUAUAAACAUUGGUACUUCAAUUUGCAUAUCCAAUACAAUCGACAUGUUUGAAAUUGAAUAUAGCAUUCGUUUAAACUUUAAACUGGAUGGAAGGUCUAAAAAAUGUCAGUCGAUUGAAAUACGGAAAUGCUUACCUGGUUACUUUGGCACAAUGGUCACCAUUUACUGUUAUACCUUCCACCGAACCCUAUUUGCUCAACGUCCUUCACCUUUUUCAGAAACUGUGUUAGCAUCUUCAGAUGAUAAUAACACUAUAUACCAGAUGUGUAUAUCGUAAAACUAAAGGAAAUGACAGCUUGAAAUCACUGUACGUAACUAUAUCUACUUCUGUAUGGUCCUAGAUUUCCAACAUCAUCAACUUGUUCUAUCAAUUUGUGUCGCAAUCGCUACAACAUAUUAUGAGGGUCAAAGAGACUCGUCAAAACUAGGUUUCUUAGGUUCCUGUAACAUCUAGCAGUUCUAAUGUAGGUACCUAUAGUUGCAUAUAAAAAUCAGGUAGUAGUGGAAAAUAAUUCAUCUAACCACAAUGCUCACACGUACAUCAUAACCUUAAAUUAAUCAAUCAAGUCGGUUUUGGAGGUGUUGGAGAAUGUCAUCGUCCAUCUGUUUAUGCCUCAUAUUUUCUUUCGUUUUUUUUUGCCAGCUGUUGGAAUCGUCUCGUAAAAUCUAAUGGUCAGCAGACUGACUCACUGGUCAGUGCUCAGUUAGUAUGAAAAUGUUAUUUUAUGAGUUAUCAUCUGUCAUUUGACUUAUCAGUUGAUAUUACGACGUUCCUUGCAUGCGAAAAAUUAUCUAUACAAAUAAAUGUAACACAUUUCAAAAUUUGAAUCUUUUCUCCCUUUGUGAACGUAAACGUUUUAGAAUCGGUACUCCAGCUUCAUGGGGAGAAAACGUGAGUGAUGUUAUUUAUUCAUCAAAAUGACUACAUAUUCCAUUCUUGCAGACUCCAAGACUCAUAGAAAGAAUACUCGGGAAAUCCAAUAGUUCAUCUAACUGAAAGUGUUGAUAUGUCAGAUAAAUUUACUUCAAGAAGAACAAGUAUAAAAUGGCUGACACAAAAUACCAUCAAGGGAAUUAAAUGAUCAUGACAUUCUGAUUGAUGCAUAUUUUGUGGCAUAAUGUGUUACUGGUGUGCCUACAAAAAUCAUUUCAAAUAAUUUCACAAUGCCGUAGAGAACAAUCAUUAAUUUAGCUGGCAGCUAGGCAGCUAGUGGGUAAGAGAAUCUGAUAUUAGGGGUUUAAAGUUGUUGAGUAGUCUGAUUAGUCUUAUUGACAGUAUUUUCCUUGAGUAGGCUUCAUUUCGUUUAGGGCACAAGUUUCGUUGCAAUAAUGUUUUUUUUCAUGUAUGUUUCGAUGACUGAAUGAAACGAUAUACAUGUAUAUUUUAUACUAUUGGUGAUUUUUAAUAUAAAAUUUUCUUUGGUUGAACAUUUUCAUAUUUAUUAAUCAUUUCAUGGAUUUCUAUUUUUCUUGUACUCUAAGAUUUUCAAAGAUUUCGCUAAAAGAGCAAUAAUUUGGCACAAAUAUUAUCAGCAACUGAUAUCUUUCGAAUUGAAACAAGUUUGUUCUCUCAAUAUUUAAAAAAUAGUUGAAAAUGUAUCACAAAAAAUUUAAAUCUGAAAUAGAAAAAAAAUAUCAAUUUGUAAUAUUUUAAUCGAUCCUUAAGAGAGUAUAAUAAUUUUUCAAUGUCUUCCAACUGAUUUCUGAAAUUUUCAAUACUGAUUCCAGUUUUUUGACUGAAUUAGUGGAGCAAUUCAUCUCUUAUACUGUUUCAAUGAUAACCUUUUGAGGUAGUUUUUUAGUAUUCAAUUAAUUUCAAAACUAUAUUGCCCUUUUAUAAAUAUCCUAUUGUGAUCACAUUCUGAUCUGAUUAUACUUUUAUUUAAUUUAUUGUUAGUGAAAAUUGAUUACAGAAUAUGUUUUUUCUCCGCACAACCUACUCUACAUUGUAUUAUAUAAUUUUAUUUAUUCAGCUUUUUGGUGCUAUUAUAUUAUUAGAACUUUUAAGGAAUAUGUACUACAAAUACCAACUCAUUCAUGUUCAUGGUAUAAUAUUAUGAAUAUUGUGUGCCAUAGAAAUUGCAGUACCCCGGAUGUUGUGAUUUUGAAGAAAAAACUAGUGGAGCGUUGGAAUUUCUAUAUCAUACAAUAUAUUAUAGGUAUAUGAGUAACUAUAAAUUCACCAAAAAUGGUCUGUUAACAACAUACACAUAUUACAAAAUGUAUUAAACAGUUACAUUAAAGUAUUAAGAUCACAGAUCGAAGGUAUAAGUCAAUGUGGUUGUUUCACAUUUCAUGAAAAAAAUUAUAUAAUUCGUGUGAAUGUUUGAUGGUUCUGAAAGUGAUAUGCAGAUUCUUCAGAACGAAUUAGGAAAGUAUCAUACAACUAUCUAUAUCGUUAAAAGUGUAUAAAGUAUUUAUUUUGAGUAGAGUGAAUCGUCCUACUUAGCCUUUCUAGUGGUAUUCAUUGACUAUUGUAUAUACAGUUUUGCUUUUACAUAUCCUGUUGUAGGUAGUGAUUAUUUUUGAAUAUAGCAUUUAUUGCUGAUUAAAUACAUUUUGGCAAUAAA